UGCAUCUGAAGACAACAAUUUUCCAACAGAACAAGAUGAUGAUGCAACAACUACAACAUCACCAACAACAACUAAAUGGACAACAGUGAACAUGGGCACAUCAGGAGGGACGAAGGAAACUGCAUCUGAAGACAACAAUAAUCCAAUAGAACAAGGUGAUGAUGCAACAACUACGACAUCACCAACAAGAACUAAACAGACAACAGUGAACAUGAGCACAAUAGGAGGGACGAAGGAAACCGCAUCUGAAGACAACAAUUUUCCAACAGAACAAGAUGAUGAUGCAACAACUACAACAUCACCAACAACAACUAAAUGGACAACAGUGAACAUGGGCACAUCAGGAGGGACGAAGGAAACUGCAUCUGAAGACAACAAUAAUCCAAUAGAACAAGGUGAUGAUGCAACAACUACGACAUCACCAACAAGAACUAAACAGACAACAGUGAACAUGAGCACAUCAGGAGGGACGAAGGAAACCGCAUCUGAAGACAACAAUUUUCCAACAGAACAAGAUGAUGAUGCAACAACUACAACAUCACCAACAACAACUAAAUGGACAACAGUGAACAUGGGCACAUCAGGAGGGACGAAGGAAACUGCAUCUGAAGACAACAAUAAUCCAAUAGAACAAGGUGAUGAUGCAACAACUACGACAUCACCAACAAGAACUAAACAGACAACAGUGAACAUGAGCACAACAGGAGGGAUGAAGGAAACCGCAUCUGAAGACAACAAUUUUCCAACAGAACAAGAUGAUGAUGCAACAACUACAACAUCACCAACAACAACUAAAUGGACAACAGUGAACAUGGGCACAUCAGGAGGGACGAAGGAAACUGCAUCUGAAGACAACAAUAAUCCAAUAGAACAAGGUGAUGAUGCAACAACUACGACAUCACCAACAAGAACUAAACAGACAACAGUGAACAUGAGCACAACAGGAGGGACGAAGGAAACCGCAUCUGAAGACAACAAUUUUCCAACAGAACAAGAUGAUGAUGCAACAACUACAACAUCACCAACAACAACUAAAUGGACAACAGUGAACAUGGGCACAUCAGGAGGGACGAAGGAAACUGCAUCUGAAGACAACAAUAAUCCAAUAGAACAAGGUGAUGAUGCAACAACUACGACAUCACCAACAAGAACUAAACAGACAACAGUGAACAUGAGCACAACAGGAGGGAUGAAGGAAACCGCAUCUGAAGACAACAAUUUUCCAACAGAACAAGGUGAUGAUGCAACAACUACAACAUCACCAACAAGAACUAAACAGACAACAGUGAACAUGACCACAUCAGGAGGGACGAAGGAAACUGCAUCUGAAGACAACAAUUUUCCAACAGAACAAGGUGAGUGA